GAGGGGAAUAAAAGUCAACUGAAAACUGCUGAAAACGACACAAACAAAAGCCAUCAGAAAUUCUUGUUAAAUUGUACAUCUGAGAGAGAGCGGGAUUUCUCACAUUUGGGAUUUGGUAAAAAUCAAUUAAAUAAUCAAGACAAUAAUUAAAAUUAAACAACAACAAUUUAUAAAAACAAAAUAAUUGUUUUAUGAUUAAUUUAAAUUGUCAUUAAUUGAAUUAAAGCAAGCAUUAAAAAUGUCAGACGAAAAAAAGGAAUCGAAAGAAUCUGAACAUAUUAAUUUGAAAGUAUUGGGUCAAGAUUCAGCAGUUGUUCAAUUUAAAAUUAAGAAACACACACCAUUGAGAAAAUUGAUGAAUGCAUACUGUGAUCGAGGGGGUUUGGCAAUUGCUGCUGUACGUUUUCGUUUUGAUGGUGAGCCUGUCAAUGAAUCAGACACACCAGCAAGUUUGCAGCUUGAUGAAGGUGAUACAAUAGAAGUUUAUCAACAACAAGUAGGCGGAUGUUAAUUAUACCUAUGAAAAAAAAAAAAAAAAAAACA